AUGGAGCUCUUGGAGUAUACCCCGCGACUCCUCUACGUCGUCGUCGUCGUCGUCGUCGCCGUAGUGAUUUAUACUCUGUCGUCCGUUGGCCCAUGGAGGAAGGGGAGGGCUGACUUUCGACUUCCGCCAGGUCCGAAGGCUGUCCCUCUUCUGGGGAACGUGCACCAGCUGCCUUUGCAGAACCAGCACAAAUUCUUCUCAUCUUGGAGUUCCAAAUAUGGCGAUGUGAUCUUCGCUCAACUGUUCCGCACACCCACCAUAAUAAUCAAUUCCUUUCAAGUGGCGCAGGAUCUUCUGGACAAGAAGAGCUCCAAGUAUUCCUAUCGCCCGCGAUUUGUCCUACUCGCGGAAUUAAUGGGCUGGGAUAAUGUCAUUACGCAUAUGACAUAUGGCGAACGCUUUCGCAAACACCGCAGAUGGAUCGCAGACGCCUUCCAAAACAAAGACUCGUUGAAGAGCUAUCGUCCCUUGCAAUAUAAGGAGACUUAUAUUCUUCUUUCCGGACUACUCCAGAACCCCGGCGAUGUUAGGUUACAUCUUAGAAGGUUUGCUGCCGCGAUGAUCAUGAAGAUUGCCUAUGGGCAUACUGUAACAUCCAUCGACGACAAAUAUAUCCACAUAGCUGAAAGCGCAGCAAAAGAAACCGUCGAAGCAGGAGGACCAGGCUCCAUGCUUGUCGAUUUCUUUCCGUUCUUGACCCUUUGGCCUUUGUGGUUUCCCGGCGCAGGUUUUAAGCGGAAGGCGUUUGAAGUCCGAGCACUUGUGCGUAAUAUGUUGGACACACCGUUCAACAUGGUCAAAAACGCUAUGUUGUCCGGUACUGCAUCCCCGUGCUUCACCGCAUCAUUACUUGAGGAAAUGAUCAACAGCAAGUCUCCAACAGAAGAAGAUGAAGAUGACAUAAAGGGCGCUGCGGGCGUUCUGUAUGGUGCUUCGACAGACACGACCGUUGCAGUCUUGUCUACUUUUGUCCUCGCGAUGGUAUUGCACCCAGAUGUUUACAAAAAAGCUCAAGAGGAGGUAGACCGGGUUGUAGGAUCCGACCGUCUCCCUGUCUUUGAGGAUAGAAUUUCGUUGCCAUAUCUGGAAUGUGUGAUUAGAGAAGUAUACAGAUGGAAUUGUCCAGUACCACUUGGUAUUCCACACAAAGUCAUGCAAGACGACAGCUAUCGUGACUAUGAUAUACCCGGUGGUUCUAUGGUCAUUCCAAAUAUCUGGGCUAUGGUACAAGAUCACGAGCAUUAUCCUGCGCCAGAGAGCUUCCGCCCCGAGCGAUUCCUGGAGAUGAGCCAUGAUGUUGCUGAUACACGGGAUCCACGUAAUAUGGUAUUUGGUUUCGGCAGACGUGCUUGUCCUGGAAAACAAUUUGCGGACACUAGCAUAUGGCUGGUGGUGGCGAAUAUGAUAGCAACCCUUGAUAUCAGCAAGACAACAGAUUUCCGUGGAGACCCUGUUACGCCACAGGCCGCAUUCAUUUCAGGGUUUGUCAGUCAUCCGGAGCCAUUCGUUUGUAACGUUGCUCCACGGUCCGAUAAGAUCGCAGAGAUGGUAUCGGAGUUGAAUGCCAAUGCUGUAGUUUGA